AUGUCAGAACAAUUCCACGUGAAAUAUUUUUUCUUUAGGUUAAAAGUUGAAGAAGCCAAAGAAGUUCAGAGCCUCAGAAAGCGGCCCAAUGGGGUGAGUGCUGUGGCUCUGCUUGUGGGAGAGAAGUUGCAAGAAGAAGCAACGCUUGUGGAUGACCCAUUUAAGAUAAAAUCAGGGGGAAUGGUGGACAUGAAGAAACUGAAAGAAAGAGGCAAGGACAGGAUUAAUGAAGAAGAAGAUCUAAACUUGGGAACUUCCUUCUCAGCUGAAACCAACAGGCGGGAUGAAGAUGCUGACAUGAUGAAGUACAUUGAGACGGAGCUGAAGAAGAGAAAGGGAAUCGUGGAGAACGAGGAGCAGAAGGUGAAGCUUAAGAAUGCCGAGGACUCUCUAUACGAGCUGCCAGAGAACAUCCGUGUCUCCUCUGCCAAGAAGACUGAGGAGAUGCUGUCCAACCAGAUGCUGAGCGGCAUUCCUGAAGUGGACCUGGGAAUUGACGCAAAAAUAAAAAACAUCAUCUCAACAGAAGAGGCCAAGGCCAAGCUGCUGGCAGAGCAGCAGAACAAAAAGAAAGACAGCGAAACUUCCUUUGUUCCCACCAACAUGGCUGUUAACUAUGUCCAGCACAACAGAUUUUAUCACGAGGAGUUAAAUGCACCUGUGCGAAGGAACAAAGAAGAGCCAAAACCACGUCCACUGAGAGUGGGGGAUACGGAGAGGCCAGAACCUGAGCGGUCUCCUCCAAAUCGCAAACGUCCACUCAAUGAAAAAGCAACAGAUGAUUAUCAUUAUGAGAAAUUCAAGAAGAUGAAUAGGCGAUACUGAUGGAUGUGGACUGAAGCCUUUGCAGUUGUUCUUCCACUAAUAAAGGAUUUUGUGUCAAUGACCUGAAAUGAAGCUGGGGAGAGUCACAGCCUUCACAUGCUGGCGUUACCUACAAAGCUUUUCUUGUGAUCUUGUAGUGAAUCAGUUUGCAGGUGAUUGUGAACUCUGGUCAGUAAAAUCUUGUAUAUAACUUAUUUUCAGUUAUAAACCUUCUUUUAUAAGAA